CGGGAGGGCACUGCCGGCGGGGCGAUCGAGAGCCUGUGCGCUCCAGCUGCUGGAGGGAGGGCGCGUGGCUGUGUCCCGGCCAUGGCCGAACCUCCCCGGAGCAGGAGCAAUCGCUUGCGAGCUGCUCGCCCAGCUCCCUGAGCGCUGUCCCUCUGCGAUCUCUAGAAAAGCCCGCGUUCUUUUGGGGCCGUGGCGAGGGGCAGGGAGAGGCGAGCAAGGAUGCGCUGAGCACCGCGAGGGCGCGCGUCCCGGGUGCUGCGGUGUGUCCAGACGCAGGAGCCGAGCUGCCUCGACCUGCCUCGACUUCCCCACAGUGCGCCUGCCGCCUUCGGCCGCGCUGGAUGUGCAGAGAGAAGCCGGACACCAUGAUCCUAACACAAAUUGAAGCCAAGGAAGCAUGUGAUUGGCUACGGGCAACGGGUUUUCCCCAGUAUGCACAACUGUAUGAAGAUCUCCUGUUCCCCAUUGAUAUUUCCUUGGUCAAGAGAGAGCAUGACUUUUUGGACAGAGAUGCCAUUGAGGCUCUAUGCAGGCGUCUAAAUACUUUAAACAAAUGUGCGGUGAUGAAGCUAGAAAUUAGUCCUCAUCGGAAGAGAAGUGAAGAUUCAGACGAGGAUGAGCCUUGUGCCAUAAGUGGCAAAUGGACUUUCCAGAGGGACAGCAAGAGGUGGUCCCGGCUUGAAGAGUUUGAUGUCUUUUCUCCAAAGCAGGAUCCGAUCCCCGGGUCCCCAGAGGACUCCCACCCGAAGGAUGGCGCGAGCCCCGGGGGCGUGCUGGCGGACCUCGGCGAGCGCCAGGAGGUGUCCUCUGUCCGCAGCCUGAGCAGCACCAGCAGCCUCCCCAGCCACGCGCCCCCCAGCGAGGACACCGCAACCCCCCGGACUAACUCGGUCAUCAGCGUCUGCUCCUCCAGCAACUUCGCGGGCAAUGACGACUCUUUCUGCAGCCUGCCCUCUCCCAAGGAACUGUCCAGCUUCAGCUUUAGCAUGAAAGGCCACGAGAAGAACGCCAAGUCCAAGACGCGCAGCCUGCUGAAGCGGAUGGAGAGCCUGAAGCUCAAGGGUUCCCACCACGGCAAGCACAAGGCGCCUUCCAAGCUGGGCCUGGUCAUCAGCGGGCCCAUUCUGCACGAGGGGGUGGACGAGGACAAGCUGAAGCAGCUGAACUGCGUGGAGAUCUCCGCCCUCAACGGCAACCGCAUCAACGUCCCCAUGGUACGAAAGAGGAGCGUCUCCAACUCCACGCAGACCAGCAGCAGCAGCAGCCAGUCUGAGACCAGCAGCGCGGUCAGCACGCCCAGCCCUGUCACCAGGACCCGGAGCCUCAGUGCCUGCAACAAGCGGGUGGGCAUGUACUUAGAGGGCUUUGAUCCCUUCAGUCAGUCAGCUUUUAACAACGUGGUGGAGCAGAACUUUAAAAACCGCGAGACCUACCCGGAGGACACCGUGUUCUACAUCCCUGAAGAUCACAAGCCUGGCACUUUCCCCAAGGCCCUCUCCAAUGGCAGUUUCUCCCCCUCGGGGAAUAACAGCUCUGUGAACUGGAGGACGGGAAGCUUCCACGGCCCCGGCCACAUCAGCCUACGGAGGGAAAACAGCAGCGACAGCCCUAAGGAACUAAAGAGGCGCAAUUCCUCGAGCUCCAUGAGCAGCCGCCUCAGCAUCUAUGACAACGUGCCGGGCUCCAUCCUCUAUUCCAGCUCAGGUGACCUGGCCGACCUGGAAAAUGAGGACAUCUUCCCUGAGCUGGAUGACAUCCUCUACCACGUGAAAGGAAUGCAGCGGAUAGUCAAUCAGUGGUCAGAGAAGUUCUCAGAUGAGGGCGACUCCGACUCGGCCCUGGACUCAGUCUCUCCGUGCCCGUCCUCACCCAAGCAGAUACACCUGGAUGUGGACAAUGAUCGGGCCACACCCAGUGACCUGGACAGCACCGGCAACUCCCUGAACGAACCUGAAGAGCCCUCCGACAUCCCAGAAAGAAGGGAUUCUGGGGUUGGGGCUUCCUUGACCAGGUCGAAUAGGCAUAGACUGAGAUGGCACAGUUUCCAGAGCUCUCAUCGACCGAGCCUAAACUCCGUAUCACUGCAGAUUAACUGCCAGUCUGUGGCCCAGAUGAACCUGCUGCAGAAAUACUCGCUCCUAAAGUUAACGGCCCUGCUGGAAAAAUACACACCUUCUAACAAGCAUGGUUUUAGCUGGGCUGUGCCCAAGUUCAUGAAAAGGAUCAAGGUUCCAGACUACAAGGACCGGAAUGUGUUUGGGGUCCCUCUGACGGUCAACGUGCAGCGCACAGGACAGCCCCUGCCGCAGAGCAUUCAGCAGGCUAUGCGCUACCUCCGGAACCAUUGUUUGGACCAGGUUGGGCUCUUCAGAAAAUCGGGGGUCAAAUCCCGGAUUCAAGCUCUGCGCCAGAUGAAUGAAGGUGCCAUAGACUGUGUCAACUACGAAGGACAGUCUGCUUAUGACGUGGCAGACAUGCUGAAGCAGUAUUUUCGAGAUCUUCCUGAGCCGCUCAUGACGAACAAACUCUCGGAAACCUUUCUGCAGAUCUAUCAAUAUGUACCCAAGGACCAGCGCCUGCAGGCCAUCAAGGCGGCCGUAAUGCUCCUGCCUGACGACAACCGGGAGGUUCUCCAGACCCUUCUUUAUUUCUUGAGCGAUGUCACAGCGGCUGUAAAAGAAAACCAGAUGACUCCAACCAACCUGGCCGUGUGCUUAGCGCCUUCCCUCUUCCACCUCAACACCCUGAAGAGAGAGAAUUCCUCCCCAAGGGUAAUGCAAAGAAAACAAAGUUUGGGCAAACCAGAUCAGAAAGAUUUGAAUGAAAACCUGGCUGCCACUCAGGGGCUGGCCCACAUGAUUGCCGAGUGCAAGAAACUUUUCCAGGUUCCUGAGGAAAUGAGCCGCUGUCGUAAUUCCUAUACCGAACAGGAGCUGAAGCCCCUCACCCUGGAAGCCCUGAGCCGCCUGGGUAACGCUGAUUCCACUGACUACCAGCACUUCCUCCAGGACUGUGUGGACGGCCUGUUCAAAGAGGUCAAAGAGAAGUUUAAAGGCUGGGUCAGCUAUUCAACUUCAGAGCAGGCUGAGCUGUCCUAUAAGAAGGUGAGUGAAGGACCCCCACUAAGGCUCUGGAGGUCAACCAUCGAAGUACCUGCUGUGCCUGAGGAAAUCUUAAAGCGCCUACUUAAAGAACAGCACCUCUGGGAUGUAGACCUGUUGGAUUCGAAAGUGAUCGAGAUCCUGGACAGCCAGACUGAAAUUUACCAGUACGUCCAGAACAGCAUGGCUCCCCACCCUGCUCGGGACUACGUAGUUUUGAGAACCUGGAGGACUAAUUUACCUAAGGGAGCGUGUGCACUUUUACUCACCUCUGUGGAUCAUGACCGGGCGCCUGUGGUGGGUGUGAGGGUUAAUGUGCUCUUGUCCAGGUAUUUGAUCGAACCCUGCGGGCCAGGAAAAUCCAAACUCACCUAUAUAUGCAGAGCUGAUUUAAGGGGCCACAUGCCAGAGUGGUACACAAAAUCUUUUGGACAUUUGUGUGCAGCUGAGGUUGUAAAAAUCCGGGACUCCUUCACUAACCAGAACACUGAAACCAAAGACACCAAAUCUAGGUGAUUACUGAAGCAAACCAACUGUGUCCACCAUCCGGGUGUUCAUUUGUAGGACCUUGCCCCAGUCCCUGGAAGAAUGGGUUCCGUGUCUGAUCCUCAAAGAAAACUACAAGUUGGAGUAUAGGAAUUGACUAUAGCAAUUUGAUACAUUUUUAAAGCUGCUUCCUGAUUGUUUAAGGUCUAUGUUAGUAGACCUUGACUGGAAUAUAUAAGACUGUGCAAAAAAAAUGUAUUUGUAUUCUUAUUCAGAUUGCUUCUGAGAAGCAAAACUCUAAAUACAUUACAGAAGAUAAUGAAGAUACUUUGUUCUCUUGUGAUAGCAGUGUAUGUGUACCUGUGUCAUUUUAUUCACAGUGUGUUGAGGGACUGGUGUAUCCACUGGAAUAGUUGGUACUCUUUGACAUGUUUUCUCACGGAGAUGAGCAGAGAAAGGUUUGCACAGAGGAGUGUGAAUGUGUGUUUGUUGCUGGUUGAAUGGCAUAGAUGUAUAAGUUGGGAUGCAGUGUCUGGCACACUGAGACGCCUCCAAGAAGGAUAUUGAUGCAUCGGGUUCAGUUUAACCUGGAAUAUCUGACUACCCAUGAAUCCAUCAGAAAGGGAGCCUAACACCCUUGUCCAUUUAUUGGGUUUUUUCACCCAAGUUACUAAGCAUAUUUCUUCUCCAACUUCUUCUGUACUUGAAUUCUUACUCUGAUACCCAUUUCAAAUGUGUUCUGGUUUUGUUUUUUUUUUUUUUUUUUUGGUACCUGAUUGCAAAUAGUGAUAUAGUUUUAACCAGCAGAGAGUAGUUCAAGGAUGAACCCCCUUAGUCCCAGCCUUACUGGCUCCAAAGCAUAGAUUUCAUUUUGUUUUUAAGCAGAGGUGUAAAAACUGAGCAUUCUAACAUUUACUCUUGAAUCAAGCAUCAGAAUGUUUUCCCUGUUAGAAUUCUUUGCAUUUUUGUGUUUAUAACAAACUUUUUUAAGACACUAUAUAUGGGAACAUAGGAAACUAUGUAUGUCCCAAGGAAAUCCCUGUAAAUUUAACCCAGCUACAAAAGCUCUUUUGUUUUUUUGGUGGUUGUUCUUAACGCAUUCCUGAAAGCUGCAUGUGUUUAUUAAUUAGGUUUGUUCUUAUCAGCAAAUAGGUUUUCUGGUUUUAUGACUUUUUGCUUUAUUUUGGUUUUCCUACAUUUCUUUUUCUUUUCCUUUUAGAAUGCCUUUGAAAUAUAUUUUAGUGGUAAUGGAAAAUAGUAAUCAUAGUAAAACACCAGAAAAACAAAAAAGCAAAUUAUUUUUUGGAAGGGUGGUCUUUAUUCAGGUUUUACUGUAGUGGUAAAGAUUGACUCAAGAGACAGUAUUAGUAAAUUUAUUUUGUAUGGAUCAAAAGUGAAUAAUGUAUGAAUGAGAGUUGUAAGAAGGAUUUUUAUUUUGUUAUAACAUAAUUUAGUUACCAUUGUCAGUGUUAUAUCAGGUUUUUUUGAAGAAUUUCACAGGGGGUCAAAUGAGAGUUUUAAAAUUUGAGUAUUUUGGAUAUCCGUGUUCCUCAUGAAGAUAUACUUGUAUAUUCAAUUUUGAUGGCUUCCAGAUUUGUAAGAUUGUAUGUUGUAUAUACCAAUUCUAUUAAGAAACAUGCACAUGUCCACUGUGCUUUCAAACAUAGAUAAAGCAUGAUAAAGAUUAUUAUUUAAAAUAUACUUGUAUUUAUACCUCAGAUAUUCUUUUGGGUUUUGUACCUCAAGGCUUCGUGUUUUUUUUUUCCCUAUUGUAAAUACACUUUACGUGAAUACAGUCUAAAUGAAUAAAUAAAUAAGUAAAAGGAAGAGGUUUAUAACUUUCUCUAUAUCUGUACAGAGUAUAAUCAAUAAGUGCACUAUUAAAUGUUUAAAGUAAGGGAAAAGUCUGGCCUGCUUUCCUUUUGCAUUUCACCCUCACCCUUAAAACCACAGAUUGCAAAGCAAAGCAUUCUAGCGUCACCUAAAACCAAAGGAUACAUUUGCCGAAGGAAAAGUUGGACUGCAAAUCAUUCCAAGGCCAAACUGCAACUGAGCCACUCACUCACAAACAGGAAACCCUGGUGAAGGUUCAGGAAGCGUGGAGACACCCUCCAAACAAAGGUCCAGUUAGGAAAUGGUGGCUGAGAAAGUUAGAACAGGCAACAGCAACUGAAAGAUGCACAUAAGCAAAGUCAAGGGUCACCGGUUGAUCCCACAAAAGGUCUCUUUCCCACUGUUUAGCUUCCCUGUUGAAAAGAUUCCUUCUGUGUUUGAAAAGAGAAGAAUUCGAAGGAUAAGAACAUUUUCAAGAACUUAGCUGAAGUCGCUUAAUACAGUAUCACCACGGCAUAUUUGUGUGACUAAUCGCCUAGAUUGUAAGCUCUCUGAGAGCAGGGCUCAUCUCCUACACAACUUUAUAAUCCCCUACAGCGGCUUUCAGUAUUUUGUACUUGUAGGCACCUAAUAAAUUUAUUAUUUGCUCAAUUGA